AGACACACUCAGAUAUACACAUUCAUACACAUACAUUAAAAACACACACCGACUGUGACAUAGUGUGAGGGUGAUAGAGGUCUUUAGAGAGAGCGAGUGUGUGAGAGAAAAACAAAUAGAGAGAGUGUGUGUGUGUGUGUGAUUGAAAGAGAUACAGAGAAAUCAGAAGGAGCAUAAACGCUGCCCAGCACACAAAACGCCCAUUUGAAUGGAUCCGUGUGUUGGCUGGUUUCAGGAGGAACAGGAGGGACCAGCGCUGCGCACAUGGUUAAAGAUUUGGGAAACGAGUUCCCAGGAAAUGGGUCCACUUCUAGAGCAACAGCUUCAGCAAAGCAACAACAAUAACAACAGCAGCAACAACGGAAAUACCACCAGCAACAACACCGGCAACACCAGCAACAACAACAACAACAACAACAAUACCAAUAACAGCAGCAGCAGUACUAGUAGCAAUAACAGCAGCAGCAGCAACAGCAGCAGCACCAACGCAGCAUCUAGGAUUGUUAACAACGAUUCUACGAUCAGUCUACGCGAUCCCGACUCAUUACAAAUUCUUCUUCAGCAGUUGAACGAGCAGCCAUCGCGACACGGGAACAACAACAACAACAACAACAGCAGCAGCAGCAUUAACGGAGGCAAAAGUUCUAGCAACACGUCCAUCGAUUCAACAUCGAACAACGACAAUAACUCACCAGCGAGUAAUAGCAGCAGCAGCAGUAGCAGCAUCAGCGCCAGCGCGAACAGUAGCAACGUGACUCCAUCAGCAGCAGCAACUGCAGCAACCGGCACUGCUGCAACAACGCCAACAACAGCAACAGCAACGGCAGCUGUGAGCAGUACAACGACGCCGACCGGUGGCGAUAGUGCCACCGUUACCUCCACCACAACCACUAGCAGCAGCAGCAGCAACAACACCACCACCAGUAGCACCACCGUGACCACAAACACGAAUAGCAACAACAGCAGCAGCAGCCGAAGCAGCAGCACCAAUUAUAUAGCCAAUCCCGCGUCAAAGGUGCCGCUGCACGAGCGCGCCAACACCUAUUACAAUCCUUCGCGCAGGAAACGCGUCGUGGACAACAAGUCGAGCACUCUGAAUCUGACCAAGCACGCCGACAUGAUUGCCAAAUACAAGGGCUGCCCGUGGCGUGUGCGCGACUAUCAGUAUGGCAAGGGCAUCAUUGGACUGCACGAAGAGAUCGAUCAUUUCUAUCAGUAUGUCCUGCCCACGGCCUGCGAGCAUGCGAUACGCAACGAAGUGGUCAAGCGCAUCGAAUCCGUUGUCCAUUCCAUAUGGCCGCAGGCCGUGGUCGAAAUUUUUGGUUCCUUUCGCACCGGCCUCUUUCUGCCCACCUCCGACAUUGAUCUCGUGGUACUAGGCCUUUGGGAGAAGCUACCGCUGCGCACUCUUGAAUUCGAGCUGGUUGCGCGCGGCAUCGCCGAGGCGUGUACGGUCCGUGUGCUAGACAAGGCGUCCGUCCCGAUCAUUAAGCUGACGGACCGGGAGACACAAGUAAAGGUCGACAUAUCGUUCAAUAUGCAAUCGGGCGUGCAAUCAGCAGAGCUGAUCAAACAGUUUAAGCGCGACUAUCCGGUGUUGGGGAAGCUGGUCCUGGUGCUAAAGCAGUUCCUACUGCUGCGCGAUCUCAACGAGGUGUUCACCGGCGGCAUCUCAUCGUACUCACUGAUACUCAUGUGUAUUAGCUUCCUGCAACUGCAUCCGCGUGGCAUUUACCAUGACACGACGAAUCUGGGCGUGCUACUGCUCGAGUUCUUUGAGCUGUACGGACAGAGCUUUAACUACAUUAAUAUUGGUAUUUCGAUCAAGAACGGCGGCCGCUAUAUGCCCAAGGACGAACUGCAGCGGGACAUGGUCGAUGGCCACAGGCCGUCACUGCUCUGCAUCGAGGAUCCUCUGACGCCCGGCAACGAUAUCGGACGCAGCAGCUACGGUGCCCUCCAUGUGCGUCAGGCCUUCCGAUGCGCUUUCAGUGUGAUCAAUAAUGCUGUGAGCGAAUCCAAUCUCUGGGGCAACGAUGUGCGUGAGACGUCCAUCUUGGGUCGGAUAAUUCACAUUACCGAUGACGUCAUUGACUAUCGCGAAUGGAUACGCGAGAACUUUGAAUAUCUAACGGCCAUGGAUCCGAUGCCGUCGCUGCCCACCUACGCCAAUGGCGCUGCCAAGUAUGUGAUCUUGCCAUCUGGCACCGUGGUGCAUCAGAUAUACCAUCCGGUGCUGCAGCCGCACGCGUUGACGCAGACAUAUCAUACGGCAGCUGUGGCGGCAGUGGCAGCGGCUGCCCAGCAGCAGCAGCAGCACCAGCAACAGCACCAACAACACCAGCAGCAACAGCAACAACAGCAGCAACAACAGCAGCAGCAGCAACAUCAGCUGCAGCCGCAGGGCCAGCUGGUUGGCAAUCUGAACAACAUGUCGGCGCUGCGUCACCGGCGAGGCAGCACCUCGUCGGCGGAAGACAGCGAGGAUAGCAAAGACUGUGAGGUUGGCGACCGGGAUAGAGAGUCGCUGACUGGCAUCGGGAUCGGGCAGCAGUCAAUGGAAAUAAUUGACAUCACCGCCUCGCCGCCGAACGGACUGGAAGUGACAGCGAUGCCAGUGACCGUGCCCAAGCCCAUUAUGGUGGCGAUCAGCAAUAGCUCGUUGUCGGGCUCGUCGGUAAUGCACACACCUACACGCAUAGAUACAUGAUGAAUGGCUGCCGGCCUCAUGCAGCAGCAGCAGCAGCACCAGCAGCAGCAGCAGCAGCAGGUCGUAGGCUGUGCCAUGCUGGCCGCAAUUGCUCCCAAUUCAAAUAUCGCAACGCCACGUGCCCAAUUGUUGUUGCGCACCAACGGUGGCGGCGUCGUCGCCGCCGGAGCAGCAACUGCGGCCAGCAUGCCAGCCAAGCCACAGGCCCAGCCAAGUCAACAUACAUGUAUAUCUUCUUCACAACUACAACAGCCAGACGUGGAGCAGCUACGAGAUGCCCCGGCGGAAGUACUGGAGGAUCACGCAGUAAACCAAAGCCAUGUCUACACCACCACCAGCAGCACCACAACCAGCCACGUCCAAGCCAUCUGCAACAGCAAGCCCAUCAGCAGCAACACCAUUAGCAGCACCAGCACCAUCACCAGCAGCAGCAGCAGCAGCAGCAGUGGUGGUGGUGGUGGUGGUGCUGGCGGCAACAGCAACACUGCGACGCGAAGCUAUGGCCAGCAGUCGGUGGGUCAGCGCAGUCACAACAAUUCGUAUUACCGCCAGCCGCUCUAUGUGCCACCGCCGUUGCAGCAACAGCAGCAGCAGCAACAACAACUGACCAAGACCAUUUCCAAUGUGCAGCAGAGCAGCUACAACAGCCAUCAUGUCCACCAGCAGCAACGGCCGCAGCAUCUGCGACUGUCCAGCAACAAUAGUAGUAGUGUUAAUACUGGCAGCAGUACCUUUCAGCAGCAUCAUCACCCACUCCAUCAGCAACAGCAUCAUCAUCAGCAACAGCAGCUCCAUCUCCAUCAGCAGCAACUGCAGCAGCAGCAGCAGCACCAACACCAACAGCAACAGCAGCAUCGUAGGCAUUUUCAAACAGGCGUAUCUAAACCGGUAGGUUCGCCCACAGUAUCAUCAUCCUCCUGCACAACAGCUGGCGCCGCAGCGAUCGUGCUUAGCUGUAAUAGCAGCAGCAGCAGCAGCAGCAACAGCAGCAACCAUAGCGGCGGCCACAGCCGCUUGCAGCAAAUGCGCGACACGCGCCUGGUUAACUCAUCCUCCUCAAUCAUUUCCAUAUCGUCUGAAUCCUCAGUUGGCAGUUCCAGUUCGUCGCCUCGUUCCCCACGCUGCGCUUCUGGUGGUGAAUCCGCUGACUCGGCUUCCGCCCAGGUGGCUACAGCAGACGAUCGCUAAGGAGGAUACUCAAAUGCUAUUCUAAUAUUCCAAAACUCUGGUUCAGGCGAGCAAAGAAGCCAGCGUGAGUGAGAGGGAUAGAAAUAGAUAUUUAGUCCAGGCGAGUCGAGACGACUUGAGAUAACAGAGACAGAAAAAGAGAUGGAAAGAGUGAGAUAGCGAGAUAGCGAGAAAUGGCAAUAGUCCGUCAUGUGCAUUAAUCUACAAAUAGCUGCGUGCGUCAAGAAUAUUAUGAUAGCGACUAUGAUUAUGAUUAUUUCUCUCUUAUAUAUAAUUUCUUUUCUCGAUAGUUUGAAUAGCAGACUCACAUUCGCAUUCACAAUCAUUCAUUAAUUCAAAUCUUUAGU